AUGGGGAAAAAAGACAAGUCCAAGAAAGGCAAAGGAGCUGAAAAAACCUCUGGCAAGGCACAGAAGAAACUAGAAAAACGGCUGAUAAAGGCGGAAAAGUGCACAGAAGAGCAGUCUAUCGAGGAGAUGCUAGAAGAAUUUCAUCGUGAACAACAAAAGCUAACAGAAGUGAUCUGCACUCUCACGGGACCACCAACUCCAAGAUGUGAAGGUUCUGUUCCAUCGGCACGAAGUGGGCAUCGUAUGCUGUUAUGGAAACAAUCGCUCCUACUUUUUGGUGGAUUCAGUGAUACCGGCAGAAAUAUAUAUCUUUGCGGAGGCUACCGAAAGGAACAAGUAACUAAAGAUCUGGAACGUGGAUUGAUUCUUUCGGAUUUCUUUCGUGUAACUUUAGACAAAGAUGGAUCGGCCGCUUCCAGUCUUAGUGUGAGACCUUCAGGUUUGCGUCCGAAACCACCACGCAACGCUAUGGCCGGCAUCGCGCAUGGAAACAAUCGAGCACUUAUAUUCGGUGGUGUCCACGAUGUGGAGAGCGAAGAUGGAGAGACGGUGGUUGGUUAUUUCCACAACGAUUUAUACGCAGUUGAACUAGACAAGGCCAAAUGGCACCAGUUCAACUAUGCUACCGCAAAGGAAACUGAUAAUGUCAGAGAGAAACCAGUCGAACCACUCACCGAACCUGCCCAAGCCACCCAAAUUUCCGAGGGCGCCUUCACACUAACAAUUAAUCAAUCUAGUGGGAAGCCGUCUACAGCCGUUGGCUCCUCGUUGCAGUCCACGUUGUCGGAGGUAUUGGCACCCUCACCUCGAUCCAGUUCCGGCAUAGCCAUUAUGGGUUCAACUCUGUUCCUCUACGGUGGCGUAUUCGAAGCGGGUGAUCGCGAGGUGACUCUGGAUGACUUCUUCUGUCUUGAUUUGAAUCAACCGGUUUCUUGGAAAUGUCUUUUUGCUGGCACACAAGAUAAUCAGGAGUGGUUUGGAAGUGAUAUAGAAGAUGAAGAUGACGAUUAUGUUGAGUCUGACAGUGAAGAAGAGAAAAAAGGCGCUUGCUCAACUCGGCAACAAGCGUCUGGCACUGCUACCGGUCAAACUUCAAUGGAAAUAGACGAGGGCGAUAGUUCAGACAGUUCAGACGACGAAGACGAGGAAUUGACCGAAAACGCACCAUUACCCGAGGCUGGUGAAACCUACACGCGCUACUGGAGCCGAACUUCUCAAUUUUGGUGUGAACUUGUCCAGCGCGGCUUAGGUGAUCAUGAGGACAGCGAUAGCACGAAAUUGGACGGUCCAUCCACUAGCAUAGAUCCGGCAGUUCUCCGCUUAGCCGAAAGGUUAUCGAAAGAUUUUCACUCCAGUCGGACACAUUGA